UCGCGGCCGUCAAGGUUUUGAUCAAAUGAAUGCGAGAGAUUAUGAUGCACGACCCCUGUGACCACGUUCUAUAAUUGCCAUCUUAUUUUUCUUACUGGCACCGGUUGCUUUCCCUACCCCUGCUGCCAUGCGCCUCGAAUCCGUCCAUCAGCUGCACAGCCAUCGUCUUCUACUACAAUAUCUGCAUCGUACAUCGCACUUUCCGCGCCGUAUCGUCGUGGUUACUUCGUUGACCGCCGGUUUUUAGAUCAAACAUCGCCUCCCUUACGUAUUGCUCCUCGCGCUCAUUUUGAUUCAAGUUACACCCAAGACCACACCGAUGACAGCUUCUGUCGAUGCUGCCUUGACCCUCACAGAAGCUGUAGGCUGGGGAUCACCUGCGAUGUCUACCCCUCAACUUCAAGAACUCUCUGUAGCAUCGCAGGAGCGACAUAUACCGCUACAGCUCGUCAGUCCACUAUGGAAAUUCUCCGCGGCAUUUUCGUCGCAAGUGCUUCUUGUGGGGUUUCUAGUUCUCCCUCUAGCAUUCGGGGAUGACGAGGCCGAGUUCCCUGCGAAUAAGACACCCACGACAAUCGCAGCUUUCAUCCUCAUCGCCAUUGCAUACUCUUUGUCGCUCGCAGUCGUCUGCUUUAAGCCUCAGGACCGCAAUUUCCUGCUUUAUUCUCUGUUUCUACCUUGCCUGUGUUCAAACCUCCUCGCUCUCUUGAACGUCCUGCUCAACGUCAUUUGUCGAAAUCUGCUCCCUAUGGGCAGCUUGGAAAUCGUCAGCCUUGGCCUUCCCAGCACCUUCGCCUUUCUUUCUGGCCUUGGGGCUUUAUGUGCCCAUGCGUGGGACAUCCCCGGUUUAUCUCGAGCGGGUGAUCGCCAUCGCCCGCGCUUGACUGAUGAAGAGAUGCAGCGCCAGCAAUUACAGCGACUUUUAGAACCAGAGUCCUCUCAGAAGAAGCGAAGCUCCAAGGUGUACAACAAGACAUUCCAAGUCAAGGCUCCCGAGCUGGUUAAUCCUGGCAAGGGCUGGGAUACCUUCAUACCUCCUCCUCGGGAGGAAAAUUUUUUUCGAUGAGAUGCCCCCGGAUUCCUUGAGGAUAUUGGAUAUGUGUUUUAUGUGGUAACGGUUGCUCAAAACAGUUGCAGAGAACAGCAACACUUCUGAUCUCGUCGAUGCAUCCGAAAGCUCACUCUUGUUGUAGUCAAUUAUAUCAUAAUUUGCAGUACCUUUUCCAGGUUUCCGAUCCAG